UACGAAAAGAUCAUGGAGACCGAUCCAAGCGGGCAGCUUUCCUGGCUCGUCAAUGAGCUCGAUUCUGCGGAGACCGCCGGCGAGCGAGUCUGGCUGCUCGGCCACAUACCGAUGGUAUCUGGCGAUGCCUUUCACGACGCAUCCAACCACUUCAAUCAGAUUGUCCAACGGUAUGACGCGACCAUCGGCCGCCUUGUUCUACGGCCACACCCAAAAAGACGAGUUCGAGAUUGCCUACUCCAACUACACAGACCAGAGUGCGCAGACUGCGACGAUGAUGUCGUAGAUUGCUCCCCCGCUGACUCCGACACCGGGAAACCCGACCUUUCGCGUCUAUUCGGUCGAUCCGGUUACCUUUGGCGUGCUGGAUUACACCGUGUACAUCGCCAAAAUGUCCAGUUUGACGUACCAGAGCAAACCUACCUGGCAGAAAUAUUACUCCACAAGGAGGCUUACGGUUCUCUUCCAAGCCCCCUGUCACAGAUAGCGCGAGCGAACCGACUCCCGCUUUCUGGCACAAUGUCACUGCGUUGUUUGAGAGUGAUGAUAGCGUGUUCCAGGACUACAUAUCCCGCAAGAGCGGAGGGUGGGAUGUCACCAGCUGCACUGGUGAUUGCAAGACAUCGGAGAUCUGUCAGCUGCGAGCGGCCGAGGCGCAGUACAAUUGCCUUGAGAUCACCCCGGUAUAUUUUAAGCGCACAAAACGAGAAGAUACGAGCAGCGGUACAAAGACGGGGAGUGUAUAUGGCGGGUCGGUUUUUGGGGGUAUGUUUACCGACUUUGCGGAGACUGUGACGGUGUUCAAGACGGCUGCGCGGGAGAAGCUAGGAUCGAGCUUUCUGAACAAAUACAGUCAAUACGACGGCUAUUUAGCUCCAAUGUGAACAAGAGAUUGGCCCAGCAUGGUUCUGGUACUGGUAUCAUCCUAUAUAGGAAUAUGCAUCGAAGGUGAGGUUGAAAUUGAGCUUUCCCAACCGCGUAAACCCUUCCUCAUUUGCCUCCAGGAGCAGUGAGAUAAACUCCUUCGAAUUCACACUAGAAAGGACGACAACAAUCCCAACUUAUU